AUGAAAGCGGGCGCUCCCAGCUGGCAGCUGCAGGAGGGGGUUGCUCCAGCGGCAGAAGCGCUUCCCCGCCUUUCCCCGCUCCUGCGAUGCCAUGGCUGCGGCGUUUCAGCACUUCGGUGCGUGGACAGCUCCCACCUGCAAUCCCUCCGCACACCAUCCCUCUCGCACCCCACUCUCACCGCCUCCGUGGUCCAUCCUCCUCCCGGCGCCCGCUCAGCCUGCGCUCCUUACACCAUCAGCACCCCCAUCCCCACCAUCACCGUCAUGAUCUCCACCAUCACCAGCGCCGUAACUACCGUCAACACAACUGUAUCUUGUCACUUAGACAAAGCCUAA